AUGGGUGAUUUUUCUUUUCUUUCUUAUAUGGGUGAUUUUUCUUUUUUGUCCUCUACGAGUUAUUCUUUUCCUUCAACUACGGGGUUAUUUCUUUCUUGUAUGGGUCAUUUUUAUUUUCUUUCCACUAUGGGUUAUUUUUCUUUUCUUUCCUCUACGGGUUAUUUUUCUUUUCUAUUCACUAUGGGUGAUUUUUCUUUUCUUUACUGUAUGGGUUAUUUUUUUUCUUCUUUCCUGUAUGGGUCAUUUUUCUUUUCUUUUCUCUACGGGUUAUUUUUUCUUUUCUAUCCACUAUGGGGGAUUUUUCUUUUCUUUCCUUUAUGGGUUAUUUUUCUUUUCUUUCCUUUAUGGGUUAUUUUUCUUUUCUUUCCUCUAUGGUUUAUUUUUUUUACUUCACUCUAUGGGUUAUUUUUCUUUUUUUUUUUCUCUAUGGGUUAUUUUUCUUUUCAUUCCUAUACGCGUAGUGUUUUAUUAUUUUCCUCUAUGGGUUAUUUUUGUUUACUUCCCUCCAUGAGUUAUUUUUCUUUUCUUUCCGCGAUGGGUUAUUUUUCUUUUCAUAUCUCUAUGGGUUAUUUUUGUUUUUCUUUCCUCUAUGUGUUAUUUAUCUUUUUCCUCAUCUUUGGGUUAAUUUUCUUUUUUUCCUUUCCUCUACGGACAUAUUUCGUGCGAAGAGAGAUCUUCCGCGAACAGUUUUCCCUCUGGAAAAAUAACAAUUCCAAUGGAUUUUUGGUGCGAUUGAUUCCUCUCGAGCGUAAAGAGGGGAAUCUAUCUAUCUAUCUAUCUAUCUAUCUAUCUAUCUAUCUAUCUAUCUAUCUCAGCCUGUUCAUAUCUAUCUAUCUAUCUAUCUAUCUAUCUAUCUAUCUAUCUGAUCAGUCUCUUCAUAUCUAUCUGCAUAUCUGUCUAUGUGAAAAUUUCCGUUUUUUCAUUAUCUAUCUAUCUAUCUAUCUAUCUAUCUAUCUCGAUCUCUUCAUAUCUAUCUAUCUCAAAUAUAUGCCGUAUCUAUCUAUCUAUCUAUCUAUCUAUCUAUCUAUCUAUCUAUCUAUCUGA